AUGUACCGUCCUGACACAUUUAUCUCUCCCCCCUCACGUUGUUGUCUGGAUGUGCAAACCCGCAGGCAUCUUGUCUCUCAUCCCGUGUUGGUUUUUAGAUACUACUCUUUGGAUGAUUCAGUGCUUCGUGAGCUCACAGGCAGCAAACUGUCGACACGUUUUCGUCGCGAUCUAACCGAAGUGGCUGAACGAUCAGGCGUUCGCCUGAACAGCUGCCGUCGACAGUAUGAAAAUCUCCGUCGAGUUGCACGCUUGGCCGAGGACAGUCCCGGCAAGCUGACGGACAUAAUCAAAAAGUACUUUGUUCUCCCACAGGCGCUAGCUGAGGCCUACACCGCGAUGAUUUUCAUCUCUGCUAAUCGGUAA